CUCCGACUCCUUUCCACAGCAAAACGAAAAGAAACAAAAAAUCAACAACAAAAAAGAAAGAAGGAAAAACCAUAUAUUAACGACUGCAACGAGGAGUACAACCAGCAAAAACCUCAACAGAUCUCAACACAAGAAGAGUCUUCUUUGGCUUGCAACUGCAACAGAUACCCGAGGCAGCAGCAGCGCGCUUCUCUGGGAGCGCUUCAAGAAGCGGCACAAUGACAGCGACUGCGACUGCGACUGCGACAGCAGCGUCAGCGUCAGCAUCAGCAUCGGCAGCAGCAUCGGCGAGAAAGCAACCUGCAACAAUCGCAAUGCUCAAUGGAAACGCUUUUACGGUUAAGCGGCUCUUAGCGCUUCUCAUCAUGUUCACAGUGCUGCUGACGAGCAGUGAGGCUUUGGAGCUGGGUGACAAGUGCCAGCAUGACAUGGACUGUACAGAUUUCAUCAAGGGCUCCAGCUGCUCGGCCCUCGGCUACUGCGAGUGUGCGCCAUAUUUUGUUCAACUGAAUUCCAAGCGCUGUUUGUCAUCCCAACUGCUGGGCGGCGACUGCCAACUGAGCGAGCAAUGCUCGAUGAAGGUGGCCAACAGCAGCUGCCUGGAUGGGGCCUGCCGCUGCGUCGAGGGAUUCUUGCAGUUCCGCAAGCACACCUGUCUGGGACCUGCCCAUCCCGGUGCCGUUUGCUACAGCCACGCCCACUGCCAAAUGUUUGAUACACGCACCCACUGCGAUUUCCUGAUUCCAAAUCUCUUUGGACGCUGCCAGUGCACGGCACCCACAAAGAUGAUUGCCGGACAGUGCCAGGCACCAGCCACGGAAGAGCAGCCCAGCGAGAAGGUGGAGAAGCUGACAACUACCACAACAACAACCACCACGACACCAGAGCCUACAACGAGGAGAUACACCACCACAACGACGACAACAACAACGACAACAACUCCUGCACCCACCACAAGGGCAACAACCACAACCACGACAACGACAACUGCCGCGCCCAUGCAGCUGGAGGAUGAGCUGCCGGCCAGCGUGGAGGAGCAAACGCUAGAGGAAGACGAUGGCGAGGCUGUCAAGCUGCGGCCAGAGAUCUCGGAGCUGGACAAUGGCGAGAAACUGGAGGCCAUAGACAUGGCGCAUGAGGAGACGGAACUCACACAGCAGCAGGAGCAGCAGGAUGCGGAAAAGGAAGCAGCAGAGAUGCAGCAGCUGAGGCAGCUCAAGGAUGCUGCCACCACUGGCAGCCAACAGCUGCUGACACCCGCCGAUGUGCCCACCGAGAAUGCUGUGGGUGUGGAGCAGGAGACGGAGGGCGGCCCCACCGAGGAUUAUCCCUACAAGAUCGAUGAGGAGUACACAGAGGAGCACGAGACGAGGCCAGAGCUGGUGGGGGAGCAGCCCGAACAUCAGUACGAGGCAGAGCAUGUCGAUGGAGAGGAUGCUGUGGAGGAGGCCUCGGGCGCUGAGGAGAUUGCCUCAUUGCCCGUCGACGAUACCAUGAAAUUCGAUUAUGAAACGCCCGUCGAGGAGGCGGAGAUGGAGGCUGACAAAGAGGAGGAGCAGCAGACGGCAGACCAUCAUCAUCAUAAUGAUAAUGCUGAUGAGGUGUUGGUGCCCAUUGAGGCCGAGAGCGAGACUGAUGCAGAGGCCACGACUCAGAGCCAAGCGCUGCUGCAGGAUGAAGACGAUCAGGAGCCGGCACAGACGGUGGCUGACGAGGAAUUGAUACCCGUGGAUGGAGGUGGAGGUGGAGGAGCUGCAGAAAUUGAAAGUGUGACGAAGGCGACAGAAGUGGAGCUGCCCGAAGAGGAGGAGGAGGAGGAGGAUCAAGCUUCGGGGGAUCAUGAGAUGGCAACGCCAGACAUCGCGGCAGUGGCUAAUGAUGAAGUUCCAGCCAAGGAGGAGGCGCAGGAGGAGUCGCAGCAGGUGGAGCAAACAGAAGCGCUGAAGAUCGAAGAGCCAGCAAAGGAGCAGCCAGAGAGUGAAAGCCAAAAGGAAGUGCCUGAGGAAGAGGCUGAAGAGGAAGUGGAGCAGCCAGAGACACAAACCGAAGCCGCAGAAGUGGUGGCAACAACAGAACCUGAACCAGAGACGGAACCGGCGACGGAGACUGAAAUCGAUCAGGCAGAACAAAGCGCCGACAUCAAGCCGACAAGUGGCGAAGAUGAUUUAAAUGUAGGCAAUCAAUUAAAUCAAGAUCAAGAGCAAGAGACACAGCCCCAAGCAGCGGAAGAGAUUGCCAGCGAAGCAGAGAAGGAGCAGCAGCAGCAGCAGCAGCAGGAGGAGGAGGAGGAGAGUGUGGCAGAGGCAGAGGCAGAGGCAGUCCAAGAGCCAGUGGAGGAGAUCCAACAAGAUGCAGAUGAAGCCACAACAGAGCCACAAGAAAUCAAAGUGAAACCAGUUGAAGAGGAGCAGCAGCAGCAGCAGCAGCAGCAACCAGAGCACGAGGAAGAAGACACACAGCUGGAAGACACUGAGUUGGAGAAGGAGGAAGAGUCAGAGACAGAGACAGCGACGGUGGCAAUCAUCGAAGCAGAGCACGAACAAUUGACAUACCCAACAAAUGAUGAUGAAUUGGCGCCAGUUGAGCAGCAGCCGGAGGAGGAGCAAGAGCAAGCGGCAGAGCAACAGACCACAGAGGCGGCACUCCAAGAACCAGAAAUUUCCAGCACCGAACAGCAGCCAGAACAGGAGGAGGAGCAGCAGCAAGAGGCAGAGGCAGAGGCAGAGGCAGAGCUCACCCUGGUGGAAAAUGCAAAUGCAAUUAAAACGCCUGCAGUGUCGGAAGCAAUUGCAGAGCCACAGGCAGAGCUAAGCCCAGAGGAGCCACAAACCGAAACAGUCACCGAGCAGGACAGUGAAGUGUUGCCUCAAGCCAUUGCUAAUGAUGAAGUGUCGCAGGUGGAUGCAGAUGCAGAUGCAGAUGUGGAUCCACAGCCAGAGCAGCUGCCAAUUAAGACACCCGAAGAUAUUGAGCCGGAAGCGAGCGAGGCACUGACAGAGAUCACUCCAUCAUUGAGCGAAGUGGAAAGCGAAUUGCAAGACGAAACUGUCACGGAGCGCAGUGAAAGUGCCGAGGAGCCGCUGCAGAGCCAUAAAGAUGAAACGGAAACCAUUAAAACUGAGAAUGAUAACAUCAUUCAAGGUGCCGAACCGAAUGUGGAGCAGGAAGCCAAGCCAGAGGGGGAGCCACAGCAGGAGGAGGAGCUCAGCAAGCCAGAGCUGGACUACACCAGCAUCGAGCACCUGCAAGAGCUGCCCAAGCAGGAGGAGGAGGAUGAACACAAGCCAGUGGCCACGGCAGAGGAGGAUUACAAUCAAGCGGAGGCUGAGGCAGAGACCGAAACGGAGACCACACCCGCACAGCUAGCAUCCAACGAUGACGAAGAUGAUGAUGAGGAAGAAGCCACCGCCGAGUCCACUGUGGCGCCUCAGAUCAGUGCCAUUGUCAGCGAGGAGCAGGACCCGGAGAAGUUCCAUGAGAGCGAGAGCAUUGCCGACAUUCUCAGCGACCUAAUGCUGGAGGGUGACAGCACCGUGCCGCCCGUGCCCUUCGGCCAGCAGCCUGCCCAAACCGUGCCCAUGGUGGAGGCCACCGAGGACAACGAGGAGGAGGAGGAGGAGGAAGCCACGCCAGUUGAGUCAGCUAUACCCGAUCUUGUGGCAGAGGCUGAUGAAACACACGACGAGGAGCACGUGGAGCAGGUGCAAGCGCCAGCAGAGUCAGAGCAGGAGCAGAUUCCCGCCAUUCCAGAUCUCUUUGCGGAGGCAGCAAACGAUGAAGAGGAGCAGGAGGGGGAUGCAGCUCAAACGACAGCAAGUCCCGCAGCAGAGGAAGCUGAAGAAUCCACCACUGAUGCCAAGGAUGAUGAGAAGCUAAUCACCUUCUAUCCAGAGGAGCAGCAGGAAACUGAAUCGUUGCCAGAGGAAGCCACCACCGUGAAGGAACCCCAGGAGCAGCAGCAGCAGCAGGAGCAGGAGCAGGAGGCCACCUUAUCCCCCGAGGAACUGCCCUUCGAUCUCAGCGAUAACUCUCAGCCCAUUCGCAUCAACGAACUCGAAUCGGACAACCUCAUUGUGGAGUCCACCACCAGCGUCGAUGGCAUCCAGGAGCUGGACAGCAAUCACAUCGAAGAGCAGCCUGCCGCACAUGCCAGCGCCCACGAGGAGGCCACACCCAAUCCCGCCGACAUUGUGGAGAUCACCACGCAGACCAUGCUGGGUCUGGCCAGCCGUGUGACGCUCAUGGAACCCGCAGCGCCCGUGGCCACCACGCUGAUGCCCCUAAUGACCACAGAUGAGCCGACGCCGGAGCCAGUGGCGCCGUCCUUCUCCUCUUCACAGUUCAAUCUUGCCUCGGAGCUGCGCAAGCGCGUGGACCUGGGCUUAGAGGCCAUCUCCCUGGGCCUGGCCUGCAGCAGCGAUCGCCAGUGCCAGCUCUCGGAUCCCCAUACGGUGUGCAAUGCACGCGGCGUUUGCGACUGUGCCGGCAGCAGCGAGCAAGCUGAGGGUCAGUGCAGUGCUCAGAGUACAGGCUGCAGUCCGGGCACCUUUCAGUGCCGCUCCAGUGGCGUUUGCAUCUCGUGGUUCUUUGUGUGCGAUGGACGCGCCGACUGCAACGAUGACUCCGACGAGGAGUGCACCCACAAUGCGCGACUGAACCAGACCUGUCCCACGGAAUCGUUCCGCUGCCAGCGCAGCGGUCGCUGCAUCUCCCGCGCCGCUCUCUGCGACGGCCGCAAGCAGUGUCCCCAUGGCGAGGAUGAGCUCGGCUGCGAUGGCAGCUUCAAGGGCGGCAACGCCUGUCCCGAGCACACGUUCCGCUGCAAGAGCGGCGAGUGCCUGCCGGAGUACGAGUACUGCAACGCCAUUGUGUCCUGCAAGGAUGGCAGCGACGAGCCGCCGCAUCUGUGCGGCUCACGCUCUGUGCCCAGCAUCUUUAUGCGUCUCUUCGAUGCGGGUGGCCUGCUGGGCGGUGGACGACGCGACUCCGCCGAUGCCUACUGUCCGCAUCGUUGCAGCAACGGACUGUGCCGCUCCACGGCCAUUGUGUGCUCCGGACGCGAUGGAUGCGGGGAUGGCACCGACGAGCAGACCUGUGCCGUGUGUCGUUGUCCUGCCCCAACUGCUGCCAGCCUGCCCGGCUAUCUCGCCCGGCAACGCCCCAUGCCGCUGUGGUAGAAAGGAGAGAGAGGAAUUAUAGGGAUCCGAAACCAAUUAUUCAACACCGACUGCAACGUUUUGCCACACUAUUAUUCAAGCUUUCCAACACUAACUGUCGCUUUAUCGAACUUUAUUCCCCCCCUGCAUAUUCGAGACACAUUUUUGACUAGAAUUUAAGGUUGAUAUUUUAACGAAAAAUUAUUUAUUUAUUUAUUUAUGAUUUUAGCUGCGCCCCUUGCCACGCCCAAUUGACCCCUUGCUAUCAAAGGGGCUGACCCUUUGAGCCAGUGAUGUUUGUCAAUUGAGCUAAUGGACGCAACCCUAAAAAAAGACACAUCCACACACACCAACACCCACACAACCCAUUUCGAUUAUUUAUUCUACUCAUCCCUGUCCCCCAACCAUUUAACUAUUUAUUUAACCUUCAUGCCCACUCCCCCAAAAGAGGAACUACACUACACGAACACGAACACACAAACAAUCUUCAUUUAGUUUAGUUUUAUGCAAAUUUUCUAAUCUAAUUUAUUUAAAUUAUUGGCCCGGCAAGA